AUGAAGGUGAUAACCGGAGGUCCGACGCCGGAAACGCACGGGAAAGCGUCUCUACACGCUGUGAAUUGGGUUAGCGGGAAACGGAAAAUCUCUUUGGAGUUCUUCCGGAAAAUUCAAAGGAAAGGAAAGAUAAAAUCAUCACCGGUCGUCUCUCCACGUGUACCGGCGACGAGAAAGAUCAUUAAAACUGUGAUGGCGACGAUCCCUCCCCAGUUUCCUUUGGAGAUCCGCUCGGCUCUUCGCUGGGCUUCCUCCACCGUCUAUUUCUUCCGCCCAAUCGUCACCGCCACUCCUUCGUUCCGUCACCGCACGACGGUGUUUCGACCGAGGGCCUUCUCCUCCACUGUUAAACUUCCCACGAAACCUUCGCUUUGCACCGCAGACGAGCUUCAUUACGUCUCCGUACCCAACAGCGAUUGGCGCCUCGCUCUCUGGCGUUACUUGCCUUCCCCUCAGGCCCCGACGAGGAAUCACCCGCUCUUGCUGUUGUCUGGAGUUGGAACUAAUGCCAUCGGAUACGAUUUAUCUCCCGGUUGCUCUUUCGCAAGACACAUGUCUGGCGAAGGAUUUGAGACGUGGAUUCUCGAGGUUCGUGGAGCCGGGUUGAGUACAAGACUCGUGGCGAGACUGACAGCGACGUUUAUGCGUUUGUCAGAAAGGCUCUCUGGCUUUCUCAGCGAAGGUCAGUCGGUGUUCAUGUCUGCUAAGUUAUUUGACAAAAUCGCUAUGCUUUUACAAGAUUCUCAGCUGUACGAGCGUUUUAAUGAGAUAAGAUCAAAGCUUUUGAGUUUGAUCGAGUCAAGGCAAAACUCAGGACUUGGGAACCAGAUCAGAGAACUGACCCAGGGCCUUGUGAAUCUUUUCGACGAUGGUCAAAAGUCUAUUGAGUAUGUGAGAGCUCAAAGCAAGCCCAAGGACGGUAAGCUAUUUGCAAUUGGGCACUCCAUGGGAGGUAUCCUACUCUAUGCAAUGCUGUCACGUUGCGCUUUUGAGGGACGAGAACCUGGCCUAGCAGCUGUGGCAACUUUGGCUUCAUCGGUUGAUUACACAACUUCAGACUCUGCCCUCAAAUUGCUCAUACCUCUUGCUGAUCCUGCACAAGCUCUGAAUGUUCCAGUUGUUCCUUUGGGUGCUCUGUUGGCUGCAGCUUUUCCUCUUUCAACGCGCCCUCCAUAUGUUUUAUCUUGGCUUAAUGAUUUGAUAUCAGCUGCGGAUAUGAUGCACCCUGAACAGUUAGAAAAACUUGUCUUGAAUAACUUCUGUACCAUACCUGCAAAACUUCUUAUUCAGCUGACUACAGCCUUUCGUGAGGGAGGCUUACGUGAUCGUAGUGGUGAAUUUUUUUACAAGGAUCAUCUUUCCAGUACCAGUGUCCCUGUCUUAGCUCUUGCAGGUGAUCGGGACUUGAUCUGUCCUCCUGUAGCUGUAGAGGACACUGUUAAGCUGUUUCCCGAGAACCUGGUGACUUACAAGUUACUUGGAGAACCAGACGGACCACAUUAUGCACACUACGAUCUGGUUGGAGGACGACUGGCAGUGGAGCAAGUCUAUCCUUGCAUAACUGAAUUCCUUAGCCACCACGAUUCUGCAUAAGUGAAACUUCGUGGGCUUCUCUUCUGUUCCUGGAAUGCUAUAUGCAUGUAGACGUUGCGCUAACAAGUGUGUGUAUCAGAAAGCGCCUGUUAAUAAGGAUGUCAUUUCCGUUUAAGACGUGUACAUUUAGUAAACUGUACAUUUUCUUAGGAGGCAAUUUUUCAAGUCAUACACCUGUAAAUUAGGAAAAGCACAGAAUGAAAUACUGGAAACUCAUGUUUACUGUGAUGAUUUCCCUUUGUUUUGUUGUGGCGCCGAGCCGUUUAAUUGAAAAUUGAAUCUUUCAAAGAAUUGGUGUGUUCCAUUGUAUCGCUUAGUUAUCUAUGAAGGCAAUCGUACAGACAUGAAUUCAUGUGUAAGUUUUCUGUCUUGGAUUUACCAACCACACAGCCCUACUUCUCUGUAAGGUGUGGGGAGACAUGAUGUAAUGACAAAACUGAAUUGUCCUAGUAAUUAACAACAGAGCUCUCUCUCUCUUGAGAGAUAUUGUCAUUCUACCAUCAU